AUGGAGAACACUGGUAAGCUGUCAGGUGAUUUAUUUUCAGGAGGUACUUUUGGAGAAUUGCUGUCUGAGGCUCGAUUGGUUGAGGAAUGGGCCGAGAAGCUGGAAAAGGAUUUGCACAAGAUGUAUGGUGUAGUUCAGUCCAUCAGGUCGAUGGUUAUGGGUCACUCUCAUGCGAAGGGGAGGGUGUUCAAAGAUGAUCUGGCUGCUCGUUUGGAGUUAAGUAAAGAGGUUCGAGAGUUGCUGUCUGAGAUUAGCCAGAUUAAGGAAUGUUUUGAUGGCUCUAAGAUAAAAUCAUCUCUUAUUGUACGACUGGUACAAUAUGGAGAGCGGCUAGCUUCAGAGAAGAUGUAUCUGGAGCGUGAAUUCUCAAAGUGGCAUCUGAUAGUUCAGAAGUUGGGACAAGUUCUGGAUGCCUAUGCUGACGAAGAGAGUGAGGAAUCAGAGGAAGCAGUUGAUAAAAGUUCCCGCUUCCGGCGAGCCUUGCCUCUCUGCUCCUCCCUUCUCCACCGCCAGUUGCACAAUCCAAAAAUCGUUUCUCCCAUCCAAUCAGUCGCCUCAACUCUCUCGUCCGCCAAUGUAAACCCCCAACCCUCGGUUCCCUCUCCAUCUUCGGGUUUGCAAUCAUUCAGGCUCUUCAGAUCAUCUCCGGUUUCUCUCUCUUCAAGGAGGCAACGUUUUGAUGACGAGAUGGAAAUCACCGAAGAUACUAUUUUGUUCGAAGGCUGUGACUACAAUCACUGGCUCAUCACGGUUGAUUUUCCUGAUCCUACUCCACCGGAGGAGAAGAUUGCUACCUACGAGCGUGCGGCUGCUCAAGUGUUCGGAAGUAUGGACGAGGCUAAGAAGAGAAUAUAUGCUUGCAGCACGACUGUUUAUAAUGGUUUCCAGGUUGAAUGUUCAGAGGAAGUAUCUGAAAAGUUUAAAGAGGUUCCAGGAGUCGUAUUUGUGUUGCCAGAUUCCUAUAUUGAUCCUGUUAAUAAACAAUAUGGAGGGGAUAAGUAUAUCAAUGGACAAAUUAUACCCAUGCCACCCCCGAUGGCUUAUCUGAAACGUGAUUCUCGUCCAAGAUCUUCUCGAAACUUUGGUCCUCCAGGACGGAACUUUGGCCCCCCACCAAAUGCACCCCAUCAGCAAAACUUUGGCCCCACACAAAAUCCAUCGCAUCCGCAGAACUUUGGCCCUCCACAAAGUCCAUCACACCAGCCAAACUUUGGCCCUCCACAGAGUCCACCACACCAGCCGAAUUUUGGCCCUCUGCAGAGUCCACCACACCAGCCGAAAUUUGGCCCUCCACAAAGUCCACCACAUCAGCAGAACUUUAGCCCGGCACAAAAUCCACCGCAUCAGCAGAAUUUUGGCCCUUUGCAAAAUCCAUCGUAUCAGCAGAAUUUUGGUCAUCCACAAAAUCCGCAAUAUCAGCAGAAUUUCGGUCAUCCACAAAAUCCGCAAUAUCAGCAGAAUUUCGGCCGCCAUCAAAAUCCUCCGCAUCGGCAGCAUUUCAGCCCUACCCAGACUCCUCCAUUUCAGCAAAACUAUGGCCCUCAUCCAGUCCCUCAGCAGAACCAUCAUCUCCCUCCCAAUGCACCACCUCAGCAGAACUAUGGUGUGCAACAUAAUUUUUCACCUCAGCAGAAUUCUGGUUCUCCAGGGGCGCAUUUUCCAAGUCAACCCUCAUCUGGAGGGGUAGCCACAGGUCCCAGAGAUCAUAAUUGGGCUGGGAGAACAGACCUCCCAUCAGGAGAUCAGUCUGCUUAUGCACAUGGUAACAGCAACCUAUCUUCUGAACCUGCAAGAAGUGAAAACUUUGGUUUCGAGGAGCAAGGAAGGCGCUGA